GUCUUGUCCAAGUGCCUUCGGUCACGAGCAAACAUUUUGAUUGCCACACACAUAGACCCGCGUUUUGAAGUCCGUUUAAUAAUACAUUUCUGCGCAUAGUUUGACAAAAUGUUCAACCAGCUGAUUGACCAACACCACAGACAAUCAAUCGACAGUGUACUGUUAGCGGUGGAUCCUGGUAGCAGUGGAUCCAAAGGAUGGAUAAUGCCAUGAAGUCCCUCAGUCUCCUGUCCUCUGCUUUUCUCUCCAAAUAAGUGCCUGAUGCCGCAGAUGGGAUAGGGCAGUGAGCAGUGCGAUGGCGAUUGCAUCAUCUGUGGACCUGUAUGCAAACUGAAGUGGGUCUAGGGUGGCCGGUGUGUGACAGCCAGUGUGUCAGCCAGUGCCUCCAUGACCCAGCAGCUCCUUGUCAGGUCUCGUCGGCCUAAGCCCUUCCGGGUCACCAGCGCUGACCGCAACAUUGAAAGGGAAUCAUGGCUAACGGGCUACGAGACCUACUCAACAAGAACACUCUUCGCAGAAUACAAAAUGAGCUCAAACCCCAGGCAAGGAAAGAUGUGGCUAAAAUAACCUUUGACCUGUACAAGAACAACCCUCGGGAUUUCUUUGGCUGUCAGAAUGUGAAGGCCACCCUUUAUGGCAUCUAUUCUGUCUCCUACGAUGUGCGCUGCUAUGCUGCCAAGAAGAUGCUGAAAGUGAGUGAUCUAGAGGCUCUGAGAUGGACCCUGUUCUCCAUGCAGGCCACAGGCCACGUCCUCCUGGGCUGCUCCUGCUACAUCGAGCAACUCCUGGACGAGGAUGACCGGGCAGACAGGGGUCUGCCACCACUGCCACAGGAAGGCAAGGUCAAACAACAACAGAGCAUCCUGAUGGGCUGGACUGCUGUGAUGGGCAAGACUGUUGUUUGACCUAUUCCAAUACUAUUAACUUGCAUCCUUCCCUUCUCCCUAAUAAUCCCCAUCUAAGUUGAUUGUGCAGGUUAAAUAGAAAGUUCCACCACAUAGCUUGUCCAGUCAUGGCAGAUUAGUGGUCAUUUCAUGGAAGGGAGAAAGGCAGAAAGGAUGGAUAUUCAAACAGGGAAUUGACUGUGCUAAAAAAAAAUGGGUACACAGUGUUGCAUCACUCUGAUGAUGUCAUGGUUACUGCGGCAGGUACACGCCUUUUGGUUAGGUCACUCCUCUAGAUUGACUUUUGGGAGAGGAAAUGUGCUUUGUUACAUAUGUUUGUGUAUAUGGCCUGCAACACCCCACAAGAAAAUGCCUACUUUUCUAUUGCAGUGACUGCUUCUGGACUACACUUUCAACUGAUAUUCAUAUUAAUAAGCAAAAAUA